UGUGACAGGGUAGAGGGCGAGAGCCAUUGCUGCUCGUAGUCUUGGCAUGAUUAUUAAUAAAACUACUGUAAAUUUAUCCCUUUGGCGUUUAUUACUUCCGGUCACUAACUACAGGUUACUAAUAACAUGCCUAAAUAUUGCACCGCUCCAAACUGCAACAAUAGUGCGGGGCAAACGAGUUCUGACAAGAAGAUCAGCUUCUACAAGUAUCCACUGCAUGAGCCAGGUCGCCUGAAGAGAUGGCUGACCAACAUGAAGAGGGAGAACUGGACCCCCUCAAAACACCAGCACCUCUGUAACGAACACUUCACCCCGAGCUGCUUCGACCUCCGCUGGGGCAUCCGCUACCUGACCAGCGAUGCCGUGCCCACUGUCUUUGACGUGUCUGACAGCCACGUAAAAAGGAAAUCAAGUUGUUCACAACGACCGAGCAACCCGGACAAAAGACCGAAAAUAUCCAGCAAGACUGAGACUGCUGUGGCCCCCAGAGAAAAAACAGCUUCUGGGCUUUCAGAAGCAAAUGAGCCCAGUACAUUGCAAGUUUAUACCAUAGCAAUAGACCCCAGCAUGCCUGGUCAGCCUGUGCUGGUAGAGGCUGCGCAU